AUGCUCAUAGCAUCAAGUGAAUAUAUACGCUCAAAACAUCAUCGUGGCCAUUGGUAUAAUAAAGAACAUCGUCCUUCUAUUGAUGAUUAUGGGGGUAAUCGUCAUAAAGCAAUGAUCGAAUUACAAGAACAUUUAGGUCGACCUGGAACAAUGGCAAAUGAAAUCGAACAUUUAAUGGGUCCACCAACUAAAAUUCUUGAUCAGCCUGAUGCAACUCUUUUAGCUGCACUCAAACGUAAUAAUGAAAAUUAUAAAUAUCCUGAUGAUGCUAAAAUCUGGAUCUAUGAAUGGCGUGGUAAUCAUGAUUAUGUUUAUUUUCUUAUAUCAAAAGACAAGAAAGUUAUUCAAUCAGCUUGGUAUUACUCAUUUGAAUAA